CUACGUAUCACUCACUAUGUGUGUGUGUAUAUAUAAGAAACGUAACAAGACGUUUUUGAAUAAAAAAAAAAGAAUCUCAUUAGCUCACUCACAUUUUUUUACAACGCUAUCCACACUCAUCUCAAGAAGUAAAGACAUGAUUACUAAGUUCGUCGUAUUGAUAGUUGCUUUAUUCGUCAACAUUGGUCUGUGUACGACUUGGAACGAUCCGAACUUGGAUAACUGGGAAGAAGGGUGGACUGUUAAUAUUUAUGGUGAACCUAUCGAUUGCGACGGAAAACCUUGUGUUAGACAUAAGCUUACGAAACCAUCCCUCGAUUCGAUAGAUCUAAGUGCCAAAUCCUGCAGCAAACCGGAUUCUGAUGGAUUGUUUGGUUGUAAUUAUUUACCAGAAAAUGCAACCGUUGUGGAUACUGUAGCCGAAUUGUAUGACGAUGACGAGAAAAAAAAUAGGACACGACAUAAAAGGUCUCAAUGGAUAUUUGAUACUUCUACAGGUGCUGCUGAGUUGGCCGUUUGGGAAAGAACUAGCUUUACCUAUUCCGUUUCGGCAGAUCCUUCUAUUGCAAGUGGCAUUUCCAAAGCGGCUGAUUAUAUCCAAAGUGCUUUUAAUUUAUGGUCAUUAUCAUGCUCAGAUUAUUCAGCUUUUGUUUCUCAGUGGAAAUAUACACCCAGUGUCAGUUCAGCAAAUGUUUGGUUCGACAUCCGAACAGGUACCAUAUGCGAGAAACCUUUGGCGCUCGCAUGUGCUUUCUUUCCAUAUCAAUACCCAGCUAGAACAACCAUAUAUAUUAAUAAUGCCAGAAUUGUCACUAAAUCCAGGAGUGAAGUUAUACGUACAAUGGCUCAUGAAAUUGGUCAUAUGUUUGGACUUGCACACGAAGAAGAAUCUCCAGGAUCAACAGUAUGGAGCCCCUUUUCGUAUGAUGAUGCCUCCAUAAUGCGACCUUCUCUUGGAUACCUUUCAACCAUUAGCCAAACGGACUGUGCUGCUAUGAAGUUCUAUUCCGAGGGUUUUCCACAACCAGAAAGAUGUCGAGCAACAAGAGUAGGAUACCGUUGUACUAAGGCACCUAUUCAUUAUGUAUCGCCAAUCAAUACAAAAAUAUCUUCAGGAUCAAGCUUCACUGGCGGAAAAGACGGUCAUGAUGAACUAUUGGAAGAUGCAGACGAAACGACGUGUACAGGAGGUGAUAUCACAAAAUACAUAAUGAAUAAUCCGUAUGAUGCGGCAACACAUUCUCAAGGCUACUUUAAUCGGGGUACGGCAUUAAGUCAAUGCGAAGCAGUAAUUGUAAAUUCUAAAUCUUUUUUUGCAAUGCAAAGUGAUGGCAAUUUUGUUUCGUACAAUAAGGCAACUGGUGACCCAAUUUGGACAACAGGUACAAACGGAAAAGGUGAAGGUGGUUAUAGUAUCAUAUUUCAAGAAGAUGGGAACCUUGUUAUUUAUGAUUAUAAAGAAGCGGUUAUUUGGGCCUCCGGAACUAACUUCAAUGCAACCUAUUGGGCAUUUCAAGAUGAUGGCACAACGUGUGUAGCAGAUGCUUCGAAAAUGUGUAUAUGGGGUCGUUUAGGAACCAAUUGAUUCUAUGAUAUUUAUUAGAUAUGCAAUAUAAUAUGAAUAAAAGCU